UGUGUGUGUGUCAGAGAGAGAGAGUGUGUGUGUGGGGGUGUGGGGGUGAGAGAGAGAGAGAUUGUGUGUGUGAGAGAGAGAGAGAGAGAGAGAGAGAGAUAUUGUGUGUGUGUGAGACUACAGUAUGAAUCAUGGGCUCACAUCUGCGCUCCAUCACAGUAGCGAUAUAAACGCGUCUGGAGCUCUCCUGCUGUGAUGUGGAUGUAAGGGGUUAAACACGGUACUGAAACAGAGUUCUUCCUCCAUCAUCAUCUGAAUCGUCUUCAUCAUGUCAGUGAAGUCAGACAGAGUGCAGAAGAAAUGGGCGGUAGUGAAAAGUCACCUGGGCUCAUCUCAGGACUCUGACUCAAGCACACAGGAGGCCAACCUAGAGAAUGCUGAACCCGAGCUGUGCAUCCGCCUGCUGCAGGUGCCCACCGUGGUGAACUACUCAGGCCUGAAAAAGCGGCUGGAGGGCAGUGAUCAGGCAUGGAUGGUACAGUUUCUCGAACUGUCAGGCCUCGACCUGCUGUUGGAGGCCCUGGACCGUCUCUCGGGUCGCGGCUGCUCGCGCAUCACCGAUGCACUGCUCCAGCUCACCUGCGUCAACUGUGUCAAGGCAGUAAUGAACUCAUCCAUAGGGAUCCAUUUCAUCAUGGAAAAUGAGGGUUACGUGCGUAAGCUCUCACAAGCUCUGGAUACAUCCAAUAUCAUGGUGAAGAAGCAGGUGUUUGAGCUGCUGGCUGCCCUCAGCAUGUUUGCUGCAGAAGGAUACACCUUGGCCCUGGACUCUCUGGAUCACUAUAAAGCUGUAAAGAUGCAGCAGUACCGCUUCAGUGUGAUCCUGAAUGAACUGCAGAACACAGAUAAUGUGCACUACAUGGUGACACUGCUGAGCUUCAUCAACGCGCUCAUCUUCAGCACUGAAGACCUGCGCCAAAGGGACAAGAUGCGCAAAGAAUUCAUUGGUUUACAGCUGCUUGACCUCCUGCCGAAGCUGAGGUAA